GGGUUUAAUGAAUGCUGUCAGUGUUUUUGAAUGCAGCUGGUAGUGUUGUAGAGAUGACGGCAAUGAAAAGUGCACUGAUCGUCAUACUGUAGGUUGAUUUGUGAGUUUCGAUUGAUUGAACACGGACUCAUCCCUGCCUUCUCUUCACAUUUGCUUCAUCGUAUUUUUCAUUAACUGACAUUCUGCUGUUGAAGAUCUAAGAGGAAUUUAACUCUGUGAAAGCAUUGUUUCAUUCAGCUACAAGCAGGGGUCUAGCAAGUAUAUAAUUGAGGCUGGGCUGUGCAAAAUACAGCGCUGCCUUGCCUUACAAGCAUAGUCUCCCCAGUUGCCUUGACAAUUGCCUAGGUGAACAGAAAAUGUCUGUUACACGUAAAGAAUUUGAUGUGAAACAGAUUUUACGCAUCCGAUGCCGGUUUUUUGGCCACUCUGCAUCUCCUCCUACAUCCAAUGACAAUCGACGCGGAGAAUUUUGGAACAAAGAUCAAGGUGCAUCCAAUAAUGGGAGAAAAUUUCUAGACUCUGGACACCUGCAACAACCAUUGGCAUCUAUCAACUACCAGAGAUCGAGCCAGCAGAACAUUCAAAAUUCACCAUCUUGGCAUGUCCCCCCUGCCCCAGAUCUCCCCUCAUUUGAGUUUACCACUGACGACCAUGAAUCCAUAGAGUGGCAUGGCAAGCAUGAAGCUAAGGAUGAAGAGAGUGAAGAAGACAAUGAAACAGACAGCAGUUCUUGCAGCAGAACUUCAAGCAGCAGUCAGACUCUGUCCCCGUGCCAGACAAUGGAUUCUUCUGCCCCUGAAGAGUGUUUUCAGGCAUUAAACCAUGCAGAACAGACCUUCAAAAAGAUGGAGAACUACCUUCGACAUAAACAGCUGUGCGAUGUAGUGCUUCUAGCUGAUGACCGAAGGAUCCCUGCUCACAGGUUGGUUCUGUCUUCAGUUUCGGACUACUUUGCGGCAAUGUUCACAAAUGAUGUAAGAGAAGCUAAACAAGAAGAAAUAAAGAUUGAAGGUGUUGACUCAAAUGCAUUAUGGGCAUUAGUUCAAUAUGCCUACACAGGGCGUUUGGAGUUAAAAGAAGAUAAUAUUGAGUGCCUGUUGUCUACAGCCUGCCUGUUACAACUGUCUCAGGUUGUUGAGGCAUGCUGUGGGUUCUUGAUGAAACAGCUUCACCCUUCCAACUGCCUUGGAAUUCGUUCAUUUGCAGAUGCACAAGGCUGCACUGACCUGCAUAAAGUGGCUCACAAUUACACCAUGGAACAUUUCAUGGACGUGAUAAGGAAUCAAGAGUUUCUACUGCUGCCAGCAAAUGAGAUUGUUAAACUGCUGGCAAGUGAUGAUAUGAAUAUACCAGAUGAAGAAACUAUAUUAAAUGCAUUGCUCAGCUGGGUGCGGCAUGAUGCAGAUACCAGGCAAAAAGAACUCAGCAAACUGCUGGCAUACAUCAGACUUCCUCUCCUCUGUCCUCAGUUUCUUGCAGACAUGGAGAACAAUAUGCUGCUUAGGGAUGAUAUUGAAUGCCAAAAACUCAUCAUGGAAGCAAUGAAAUAUCAUCUAUUACCCGAGCGACGUAACAUGAUGCAGAGUCCUCGCACUAAGCCUAGAAAGUCUACUGUAGGUGUACUCUUUGCAGUUGGAGGAAUGGAUGCAACAAAAGGUGCCACAAGCAUUGAAAGAUAUGAUCUUCGCUCCAAUACUUGGAUACAUGUUGCUAAUAUGAACGGGAGACGACUGCAGUUUGGUGUGGCAGUUCUGGAUGACAAACUUUAUGUUGUGGGCGGCAGAGAUGGAUUGAAGACCUUAAAUACAGUGGAGUGCUACAAUCCAAAAACUAAGAGUUGGAAUGUAAUGCCCCCUAUGUCGACACAUAGGCAUGGCCUUGGAGUGGAAGUUCUGGAGGGACCCAUGUAUGCUGUAGGUGGACAUGAUGGUUGGAGCUAUCUGAAUACAGUUGAGCGAUGGGACCCACAAGCUCGACAGUGGAACUUUGUGGCCAGUAUGUCAGUACCACGAAGUACAGUCGGUGUGGCAGUACUUAAUGGAAAGCUGUAUGCUGUUGGAGGUCGGGAUGGAAGUUCUUGCCUUAAGUCUGUAGAAUGUUUUGACCCCCACACCAAUAAAUGGACCCCCUGUGCCCAGAUGUCUAAAAGACGAGGCGGUGUUGGAGUUGCCACCUGGAAUGGUUUUUUGUAUGCUAUUGGAGGACAUGAUGCACCAGCAUCUAACCUGACCUCAAGGUUGUCUGACUGUGUGGAAAGAUAUGAUCCAAAAACAGACACUUGGACAGCAGUGGCUCCAAUGAGCAUAAGCAGAGAUGCAGUUGGUGUUUGUUUACUCGGUGAUCGGCUCUAUGCAGUUGGAGGAUAUGAUGGACAGUCAUAUCUAAACACCGUGGAAGCUUACGAUCCUCAAACUAAUGAGUGGAUGCAGGUUGCAUCAUUGUGCCUUGGAAGAGCUGGAGCAUGCGUGGUCACUGUUAAAUUAUAAUCUUUUUUAAUGUAAAUUUUAUAUUUAACCAUUCGAUAGGUCCAUAAAAAUAAAAUUGUCAUCUCUGGAGUUUUACUUCAAGAAAAAAGAAAACUGUAAGAUCUAAGAAAUCAAAAAUUAACGUAGGGAAGAUCUGUGUCUGUUUAAAGAAUCAAGAUCUAUUAUAAUUUCAUAAUAAUUGUAGCUUUUAUUUAUCAAGUCCACCAAAUACUCAAGACAUUAUCUUCAACUGAAACUGUACAAAUUCUAGAAUUCUUUAUUUUAUUUUUCUUUAAACAGAGUGGAUUUUAUUUCCAGUAGAUUGAAUAGGCCAUGUAAUACAACUAUGAAGAAAACAUUAAAUCUAUAAACCUAAUACAAGUUGUCUGAGUGCACACUGUAAAAGCUACUUUUCCACAUUUGUACAUCCAGGAAGCAACACACACACACACACAGGAAAUAAAAAUUGUAAUAAUUAUACAAGACAAUGCGGCUGGCCUGCCUCAUUUUCUAUCCGUUAACUUUACUGGAUGAAAGAUGAGACAGUGACACCAGAUAGUCUAAUAAACAUGAUAGCAUUGCUAUUCAUCAUGAAUGCAAAUGUGGAAAUGAUCUUUAUUAUACUCUGUUGCACUCUUUUUUAAUGUAAUAUAUAUUUUCUUUUGUUUUUAAGCCAAACUGCCUUUGUUACAAAUGAAGUAAUAGCACAUACAUAUUUAAUAUGCAAUAUAUUGAAGACAUUGUAAAAAAAAAUGUGUGUCGGUACAAGCAAUCAUUAUGUAACUGGUAACAUUCCAAAUUUCCUGCUCCUUCAUAGUACAGAUUGUAUUAAUUGAUACAUUUUUAUGUGCUCAUACAAGCCAUUAACUGAACAAAUACAUAUUAUAUUGAUGUAUGUUGUAAUUGUUUCAACCACCAAAAAAUAUCUGCACAGAAAUUGCCUUUUGCAACAGCCAUAGGAGACAACUCAUAUUUUAUUUAACUCGGUCUAUAAUUUUUCUUUGUUUUAAGGACUGUAAAUGUUGUUUUUGUUGGCAAAAAGAACCUAUAGCCUACAAAUUGGACCCAUUAGCACCAGUUGUACAUGUAUAAAUUGUACAUGCAAAAAGAGAACUCUAUCUGGGGUUGGUCACACUUGCGAUCACUUCUGGAUGAAAUUGUGUCCAUGAGGAAAUUGCUCCAAACAAUUCCAUGUACAAUUCACCUCUGUGGUGAAAUUAUUUUGAUGUUAAUCAUGCAUUUAAUGUUUUCAUGCUCUAUCUCUAAACAAAACGAAAAUAUAAUUGGAUUCCUCAUGAUUCUGUUAUUAAUUUGAUUUGAAUAAUCUUCCAACAAAAAAAAUCUGAAAUAGUUGGGGAAUAAACAAAAUUAAUGACAUUCCAGAUCUCUCCUUUCAGGGCACAUUUUAAUUCAAGGUUAUUUAUGAUUCCCAGCAAGUGCCCUGCAAUCCAGUCUUUUUUUUUGUUUACUCGCAUAUUGAUUUGAUUUUGCAACCAGUUUGAUUUCAAUGGUUUGGUUGUUUUAUAUUUAAAACUUAAUGUAAAUAUUUAUUACACUUAAGUUGCCUGGGUUAGGAACCUUUCUAAAGCUGUUUACUACCUGCGCCUUGAUCAGAACUGGUCUCUCUGAUCAUGAACUUUCCUUUAAAAUUAAAUUAUGCAUUAUUGGAUUAUUUGUCGUACCUAGCGCUAGUUAUCAUUUAUAUGGAGACAUGAAUUAUUUGAUAUUGAUUUAACUUUUUGAGGAGGCAUGUGUAUUUUGGUGAACAGUGAUUUAUCACUUCAUAUAUAUUACACGGAUUUGUGCUUAUCAUUUGCAAUUGUGCGCGUGAGUUGGUUCACAGCUUGUUUUAUUUAAUUUCUAUGUGGAAGUCCAGUUAACUCCCAGAACUUCUUUGGGUACAAUCUUUAAGAUUAGAUAUGAACAUUGCAAGCCAUUUUACACCCCACUCCCACAAAUAGCUUAUUUUUCUCCUCUGGCUUUCCGAUAAGAGAUGUGAUAUGCAUCAAAGAAGCAUCAGGAGUUGUGUAUGAUGGAUCUUGCUCAUCAAAGUCCUGCACUUUUCAAUCAUAAAUCCCAGUUACCUUCAUUUUUGGUAUUUUAUUUCCAGUUAUUAACUUUUACUUCAGGCAGGUUUAAUUUUAAAUCACAACACAUUUCAAAAAGUAAAUAUUCGCCUUGCUUUUAAAAAGGAUGUGUAGUGAUCACAGAAUUUAGCUCAGUGAUAAAGAAGAUAAAUUUGAGCAUCGGUACUGUUUCGGAAUUUGAUGUUUAUUGAUGGCUUUUGUAUUCUUAUUGGUAGUUCUUAAAAUUACGCCCAACUAAAGGUUUAGGGAAACAGUAAUUCAAAAUAUGUGUAUUUAUCAUGAAGAUAAGCAGGAUAAAGAUAGGUAAUUGUCAGAGUACAGCUGGAUUGGCAUGGUAAAAUAAAAUAAUAGUUACAAGUCCGUUUCAGUUUGGCUUCUGUACCUAGGGACAUAAGUGCCAUUCUUGAAAGCAUAAGUUGAAUCGCCAGUCCAGUUCACUGCUGAGAAUCAAGGUGCUAUUCUCUGGAUAAAAUGGUAAAUCAAGGCUCUGUGUGGCUGUUCUAACUCUCCGUGCUGUAUCUAUGAUACAUUUGCAAGGCAAGAGGGAGUUCUUCCAUAAUCCAGAUAAAUAACGCUGUUGAAACAAAAUCACCAAAACCUGUUCAAUGAGCAAUUCAGCUCUCCAUUUGUUGGUCCUUGAUGUAAGCAAAAUGAUAUUGUAUUGGUCACCUAUUUACAGACAUUACACUUCAGAGUAUUUCCAUGUAGCAGCAUUGACGUUCAUGAUUUAUUAGCUGCAAAAAAAAGCACCAAAAGCAAAAGGUUGCAAAUUAAUUCCUACUGUUCAUUUUUCAGUGUAAUUCUCAGAUUUACAAUUCCUCUUUACUGUUAAUUUAGUGUUGCCAACAACUUUCUUUUAACAAUGGCCAACCAAUAUAUAAUACAUUUCUGCAGUUUAAAAUUCUACAGCCUUCAAUAUAUAUCACACAUAACUAUGUACUCAUUGAAUUAUAAAAUUGUUUUCUAGGUACCAAUAUCUAAGUCUCAGAUCCUUAAUAAAUUUAAUAAACGUCUAUAAUAUAUUAUUAUUAUUAUACAGUACGUAUGGUAGCAUGUAUUGCUGGGCAGUAUUUUGUGUUUAGAGUACUAUAUCAUAACCUUAUCUGAUCUGUUAGACUUUAUUUCCAUUUAUAUACAAUAUUUUAAGCUUUUUUUAUAUGUGCAGUAAUUUAUCUAGACUCUUCAAUUAGCCACUUCAUAAUAAUCAUACGAUUACAAACUAGACUAGAAGUCACCUAUAUUCCACUAUUUAAAAAUCUAUCUCACCUUGAAGCAAAAUACUUAAAGUAAUUUAUAGUAUUUGUUACAAAGGUUACAUUUGGAAGGCACAUUUUUAUAAUAAUUCACCAGUAACCCACUUUUCCCCGAAGUGGGCAAAGUGGGUCGCAUUCCCCCGAAGGAAGAGACUAAAACAAGUCGUCCCCCCCCCACACACACACACACAUACACAACCUAAUAACUAAAAUUAACUAACUAAAACAGGACAAGAAAACAACAAAAAAAGAAUAAAACAGACGGAGUGCAGGCGAGCCGCAGCUGCUAAGGCAGCGCCGCCACUUCACCCACAGGCAGGUCCAAUCACCCACUUAAUUAUGACACAGCUCAGGACUGCACAUCAAGACAACUCGGUUUAUUUAGUUUUGACAGUACAGUUUGGGAAGCAAUCAGCUCAAAUUUCUUCACUGACUCAAAAUACUUAAAGCAAUUCAUAGUAUUUGUUACAAUGGUUACAUGUGGAAUGGACAUAUACUUAUAAUAAUUCACUAGUAACCCACUUUUCUAGGUAAUCUUUGAUCCUUGUUUUAUCCCAGCUUAAGUUACUUUUAUCUGUCUGACAGCUGGGACUUUUCUUUACCUUAAAGCCAUUUCUUCACUCUCUCCAUAAAUGGGUGUCAAAGAGUGACUCCUCAUAACGUAUGAUCAAUUUUUUAGCCCUCAGCCUAUUUGAAAACACCCUAUGUUUAUCUUUGCUCCAGCUAACUAUGCCUUGCAAUCUAAAAACUCCCCUUAUCUAAUUACUCCCUCUUCUAAAGAUUUUUAAAUUACCUUCACUAUGGUGAUGCAAGAAGUUAUAGAUGAUAAAAUAUUGAUCAAAACUGCAAGAACCUAGCAGCUCAGACAGAAUCUGUGGAGGGAAUGGACAGACUGUUUUGGGUGUGGAUCCUUCUUUAGACUGGAGCAGUGGGGAGAAACCUGGGAAAACAAUGAUGGGACAGAACAAAGCCUGGCAAGUGAUAGGUGGAUACAGGUAAAACCAUAGCUAAUUGGCAGACGAGUGGAAUAAAUGACAAAGACUAAGAGUGAAAAGGAGUUAAAGGGGUGUCAGGUAGGUGGAGCAGAGUAGUCAAAUGUAAAGUUAGAGGGAGGGGAGAUGAGUGGAAGGAAAAAGAGGGUAGAUAUAGGGGGAAAGGUGGUGAUGGGAGAUGAGUGUACAAAGUAGAGGAAAGAAGCAGAGUGACUGGGGGUCAGGAGAUGGGUAAAAUGUACACGCACUGUGGUGGGAGAGUAUCUUGUGCAGUCCCAUUCUCCUGUCACCCUUGUUCGGACCCUGGAUCUUCACUGGCGCCUUAUUUGGCAGUGUUUCGUUAAUCUUGGGUUCAAAUUCAUUCAAAUACAAUAGGCCUGAAACCUAUUUUGCAAUCUUCUUCCGCCCCACAAACCUCUAUCUCUGACAGUUCCUGCAUCUUUUUGCAUCCCCAGUUUUCAUUGGUUGGCCCUCAACAAGUAUGCCAUCAUCUGCCAAAGCAUGAAACUCUGGGGUUCACGGUCUAAAGCUUCCCAUCUCUCUCUCAAACUCACCUUUAUAAUCUCCUUUGAAUCUACCUCUUUUGCAGAUAUGUUGGGCACUGGUUCCAAUAUCUUCUUACGGCAUGAAGCUCUACCAUUGGUGACAAAAUAGAAAAAUAAAAUUUGCCUUGAAAUAUGCAGCAGGAUGUCCACUGCAACAAAUCAUUCCUCAAUGGAGAGUCUCAAAUGUGUUCACAUUUUCUCCCUUAGGAUUACAUCAUUCACUUGUGCUACUUUCAAUUUUUGCUACAACCCUUACCCCAUCCUCACAACUCUGGACAUAGACCCAAAAUGCUGGAGUAACUCAACGGGACGGCAGCAUCUCUGGAAAGAAGGAAUGGCUGACAUUUAAGGUCGAGGCCCUUCUCCAGACUGAGCCUCGGUCUGAAGAAGGGUCUCAACCCGAAAUAUCACCCAUUCCUUCUAUCCAGAGAUGCUGCCUGUCCUGCUGAGUUACUCCACCAUUUUGGGUCUAUCUUCGGUGUAAACCAGCAUCUGCAGUUCCUUCCAUCACAACUCUGGGGCUAUUUUCCAGUCGCAUGCUGCAUCCUCUUUUGGGUUCCUCUUCAGAAAAAGGUGACGAUUAAGUCUCUUAUUCAGCUGCUUGGUAUUUUCACCUUUGCCACUUCAUUCUCCCCUCAUGGAAACUGUGGAUACUGUAAAAGUUCAAGCCGGAAAGCAACCAAAAGAAUAAUCAAGAAAAAAAAUAAGAACUGGGAGAAACAAGAGUAGAGGAAGCAAUUCAAUAAUGAUACUGUGUGAUACUUUACCAAAUAGAGAAGUGACAAAAAGGCAAAAGAGAUUGGCAAGUAGACAUGUGUAAAAUAAGAGGGCAUAAGCAAGUGAAGUAAAUGAAGGGAUGAAGAUAGUAUGGAAUAAUUCACAAUGAGUAAGAGACACAAAGCCAAGAUGUACUUGGAUCCUGAGAUUAAAAUGUGCAGGUACUGCAGCAGAACAUGGUGAAAUCUUCCUUGGGCCGCUCGUAGCUUUCGUAGCUCAGCAGUUUUGUAGGUUUCCAGUGGAACACACGAGAAGUGUGCUCAGAAUGUUUCACUCAGAAUUUUAGAUUAUAGUGAGAUGAAAGGAACUGACAUUUUGGAGAAAGACUGGUAGAGAAUAACCACAAUAGCAAUAUAGAGACUUAAGUCAGAAAGAAGAAAAUUGAAAAACAGGCUUGCUUCUGUGGCAGACUAAAUCAACUUUGCAUGAAGGAUAUUAUAAAAAUGCCCUCUCACUGUAAUUUACUUACUCUUCACUAUCUAUAAAUACUGAGAUUGAUGAAAGAUUCUGAAGAUAAAUAGCUGCACGCUUUAAAAAUAUAAUAUAUUGAGGACUUUAUGCACUUGUUCGAUAAAUUACACAUUUAGUUUUCUUAAAACUUUCCUGUUUGUUCAUUGUAAAUUCAAGUGGUAUCGUUUACCAUUCUUAUUGCAAAAUAUUAUAUUAGUUUUAAGCGAUUUCUGAUUAAUGGUUUGGAUAAUAAAAUGCCUGUGUAAUGGUGUGAUGUUUGUGGAAAAUCUUGAAAAAGCAACCUUUUUUCUAUUUUUUAAAUUAAUUUGAACAAUGUAGGUACAGAAAACUGCAAGUUAAUAUGGUGAAACUGAUCUGUAUUAGUGAGGAAAAAAACUCUUUGUAUGGUGUUGAAUGUAUGAUCCGGUCUGUUUUCUCAGUACCUAAAACUGCGUACAUAUGUCACCCUGCGAUAAACUGCUUAAUUAAAAUGUAUAACACAAAAUUAUUGCUACAUUCCAGUAGAGAAAAAUAGUAUGUUAGAAAUGCAUUCCUUUUGGAAGAUUAUAGCAUGGUCUGCCUUAAGAUCAGUCCAUUAUUUAAAUUUAUAUCAUGUGCUACUUUGACACUUAUUUAAUUAAAAACUUUAUUUUACAAAAAUGUUUUAUUAUUCAAAAUUUGUUGCAAUAUUUCCUUUUAUUAAUGGGUACAAUUUUAAACAACAGCUGUAGAAAAUUAAGUAAACAAUUUCUCGAUCAAGUUUGCAAAGUCUCUUUUUCUGGAAAAUUAACAAUAUAAUCAGUUUACCUUAUGGUUAAGUAUCCUUCCAGUAAAUCUAGCCCAUUCUUUGGAAUCAUAAACAAUCUUCACAAAAGGAAAAUGUUCACCAUUUGUUAAUUUUGUAACUGACCUUAGAUAAAUGAAUACAAUUCUGAUUGUUUUGGGUUUUUUUUUGGUCCACGCGCUGUUUCCAUAUUGGACUUAUCAAACUGUUGAUUAUUCACCAGGCUUUUGUUUUAACCAUUGUUCCUUAAUUACAUUUGUGACAUUUUGAAGAGGAAGUGAAUGCCAAAUUCAGGACAGGCAUCAGACAAAAAUCUCAGGAAGGGCUAUAUGUAUACAUGUUCUUGAAUUAAUCUGUCUGUUCUGUGGAUUUUAUCUUGAACAUUUAUGUUAAAGCGAUCUGAAUAAAUUUGAUUGUUACCCAAAAA